AGAUUUUUGCCCUUCCGCAGAAGAGCGAUUUCUUCACAUGAGUUGAAGUGAUGGUUCAUAUGGUGCAGUUGCCUCUCACAGCAAACUUCAGAGUUUGAACUGCCCGCAGGAUAUACUGCUCUAAUCUCCUCAAAGCACUUUGUAAAGAUAGUGGAGGCACUUAGGGAUAAUCUCCAUGAGGCCAGUAAAUUGGUCACCACUGAAGCACGAAGAGACAUGAGAACAAGCUGGCUGUAAUCUGCAGAGGGAGCCUUUGUCUCAUCUGGAAGCACAGAGAACUGUGGACGCGUGAGACAAACCACAGGAGUUUGUCAAAGACUCCGUCAUUUAUUGAAGGAUGCCUCUGGAGGGAGUGAGGAGAAACCUGAGAACAGAUGAAAGUAUUAGUCAUUCAGCGUAGUAUGCAAAGAUCGAAGAAAAAAAUCAUCAAAAAGGAUGCUUGACUGUCGAGAACAGUUCACCCAUUUUUUUUAUCUCCUUGUUAUUAAAAGAUUUAUUUUUUUAUCUCAUUGUUAUUACAGAGUACAAGGCUUGGCAAAAGACUCUCAUUGAAAUAGAAAGUUUUCCGAAAGUUUCUAUUAUCCUAAACUGCACUUCAGACCUCAGCAGAGUUUUGCAGAAAGUUGAAUUGAAGUGUCCAUGGAGCCAGUGAUAUUUAUAUGAAACCGAAAGAAACUUGGAGCUGGGAAAAUUCAAGAUUGGGAUACCAAGGCAAAUGAUAUCAUCUGUCCUUUAUUGUAACAAAAUGGAAAUGGCCAUUAAUGUUACUUUAUAUACUACUUUAGUGCCUAUGUCUGAAAAGGUCUCAGGUAAGUAAAUCAUACAGUUUUCUGGAACAGCUUAUAUGAAAAUUAUUCACCCCCUGUUGUCAUUGUCCCUAUUUAGUCAAAGACACAGGGGCUGACAUUUGUGUGACAACAGAUGCCAAACACAGACUUGCAAAGCUAGAGUUGUGCCAAAUGACAUGAAAAAAAUUGAUUGUGCAUAAAGGGAACUGGUUAGUAAGCAUGUUCCAUCACCUCAGCAUUGUCUGUGGUGUAACUUGAAGGAGAUGGGCAGUCCCUAUAUUUGCCAUAAGUGUAACUUUCUGCUAGCUGGAGACCGAUAUCUAGUUCCAAAACACCAGCUUCUAGCUGUGUAGCAAGAAGACAGAACUUUAGUUGGCUAGAUGUGCCUCACUGUGACCAGGAUCAGGCAAAAGUUUUAUUAAUAAGUAUCUAUUGGGAAUUAUAGUCUAAAAAAUAAAAAAAACCUCCAAAAGAACUGAUACACUGGUUUUCUGGCAGCAUUGCAGCCCUACAGAAGUUGAAUUUAUAAGCAGGUUCUCAGGAGGAACGAUUCAGAUACAAAUAAGAAAUCUCGAUGCAUUUAGCUUGUAACCUGAGAUCUCCUCCAAACUGAAUUUUCCUAUGAUCCUGAGCAGGUAUUCAUGGGAGGUUUUUAGAAACGCACAGCCAAAAAGGGCAUGUCUCAUGUGGAGGUUGCUCCUAGCCUGAGAUAAAACCACAGGCUCACAGAUAUCUGAGAAUGGUGGUUAAGACAUGGGGCAAGAUUGAGCUUGAAUGUGAGUUCUUGACUGGAGGGGCAUAUGGGGCUUACAUGUAUGCAUCUGUGGAGCAGGUGUAAUUUGUAAUUUGGAGCACAUGUAACUUGUGUAAUUUAUGUGACCUCUGGGUACAUUGCCAUGUUAGAGAACAACCCACUCCAGUGUGUUCUGUACUUUAUAGAAAGUUUGACUCUAAACCCAAUCUCAAUCCAUGCAGUCGUAUAAUCAGUACCCAAGAGGAAUAGUUUAUAGCCCAUUUUUAUGAUCUCUUAUUAAAGAAUUAUCUGUUCACAGCCUCAUAUCUAAAUAUUAUUGGUCUAGAAAGAAACACAACAUAGCACUGUUCUUUUUGCUCUAGCAAUGCUGAGGGAUCUGGCUCAGAGAGGACUUGGAUUUGUUCCACAAAUAGGCUGUCAGGAAUGGCUGAUCCUUUUUCAACCAGUUAGUUGAGGGAGCAUGGCCCAGGCAGACAGGUUUUGCCCAGUGCAGAUGUGUUUUCCUUUUCAUCAUAUUUUUCUUGGUAGGUGAUGAAAUACACUCCUUAUUUGAAGACAUGAGGAUCCAUGGAUGAAAGCUGUAUGAUGGCCUCGCUGCUGAAGUCCUCCUAUUUAACCCAAGUCACUUGUCCUGAUCAACAGCCAACAUGGCUGGGCUUUGUUUUGUGCCUUCUUGAGCAUGUUUAAAAGUCCCUGAGUGCUGCUUUCAGGCACAACUAUACCCCUAACCCUCUAAACAAUGAUCAUCUUACAGGCAGAUGGAUAACUAGCUAGAUAUGGCCAUUUUAGCUCAACUUUGAAAAGCUGAGAUUGUGAGUGUACUCCCUUCUAAAGCUCUGUCUCUCCGGGUCUUUGUCUGGGACCAUACGACACUCCAAAUGAUAACCUCAGAGUGCACCAUGUCGACAAAGAAAAGGCCACAUGUGCUGGGUGUGCCAUAAAGCUUGCAAGAGAUGCACGUGCAUGGUCUAGUCCUGCCCCAGGGCUGAGGGGAAUGAGAAUAUUGGAGGUGACCUGGGACUAUCCCAGGAGCUCCGCAAUAAAGGAAUUUGGCCAUGAGAGCACUGCUAGGGCCAUUUUUAUGGGACACUGUAACCACUGAGCCUAUGUGCUGUGAGUCCCAGGUCACUUUGCCACAGUUAUGUAAAGCAACAUAUUUUAGGAGGUUUGCUGGGAUUAUACCCUAGCUCUUUCUAGAUACACUUAGGAAGAGGACUCCACAAAAAGUCAGCAGGAGCUGGUCUGAGGUUACCGCUUGGAAGAAUCAGGCUACUCAGCUGUUUAAAAUGCAGGAUCCAUGUAGCAAGCUUUAGCUUGGAGAAAGAGAGUGGAACUUUGGUAACUGCUCCUGGUACAAGAGCAAUGGACGGCUGGAGAAAAAUCAAGCCUAGGACCGCUGCAAAGGAACUUAAUGAAGCAAGUGUAGGGGUCAAUGUCCUCAUCAUGAGCACAUACAUGAGAGAUUUCCUGUCUUUGACCAUAAUGUGGCUAUUUCUCCCUUCUUCUUGCUGUAGAAAGUUGCUCUCCCCUUUUAUACUUGUCACAUUUCCUUUAUUUGCUCCUCUCAAGGUGAUGCCUAUCAUAACAAAAUAAGGAAAAGUAGCAGACAGAAGAACAGCUCACGAAUUCAGAAGUUUCCCCAUGAGAUGCUUUGCUUCCUUCAACCAGGUGCCAGCACCAGGGCUCGUUUGCUGCCUGGGGCUGAGGUGGGAAGGGACAAGCCCGUGCCCCUGGAGGGCCCAUGUGUGGGAGAUAUGCCAGUUGGGGCACCAAGAAGGGCAUGGGGGGUUUCACUGUGGCUACUACGGGGAAAAAGAAUGUGUUGCUCACCACAAAGAUGCUUAACAUCUGUCCAGAGUCUGACUUUGUGUCUUUCUGUGUUAUUUAGGUUAACAAGCCUGAGAGAGCUUGUGGGCUUAGGUGGCAAAGGAGGAGAGGAGUCAUGGCUGAACAGGACUCAUAGCAUCAGUCAGGGGUCACUAUGGGAAAGACCUAGGAAUGUUUCAUGUCCUAGGAGAGAGGGGAUCAUAUCUUCUUUGGAGAGGUGAGGGAGUGCUUGCUCCUCCCUUCUGUGUUUGUGGCGUGAGCCUUGCCUGCAGCUGGGGUCACAAACUGCAGUGACCUGCCUGUGCCAAAUCUGGGCUCUCCUCUCCCCAGCACCCGGAGUCUCCCCCACCUCUCCCUCUCAGUGUUGGAGUUUAAUCUUUUGAAGCCAAGGACUGUGAGUCCCAAAGCUUUGCUUCAAUCCAGGAAUGAGGGAAAGUUUAGGUGAGCCUAUAAGGCGAGGAGGACCCUUAGACACAGCCACAUUUCCUGCAAGUCCAGAAUGACACACUGGUGAAAGCUGUAUCCCUUACUCCUUGAUUUACCCCAGUUUGAAAUCAGCGAUAACUCUACUAAUGUUUACACCUCUACAGCAACUCUGCUAGAGUUUUGUCCUGCAGCUGUGAGAAAUGCCUACUUGAGCAGGGAGGAGGAGAGAGGCAGGGAAAAAGUGUACAUCAUGCACUUAGGGGGAACUAUAAAUCACAGCAAGAAUUUGAGCAGUCUCAGCAGUAGAUAUCAAUCUCUUGCCAUGGUGAAAAAAUGGAAGGAAUGUUUUGCUGCUUCAGAAGUGUUAAUUCAGACUUGGAUUUGAAUUAUGGUCAUAACAUGGUUAGUAAGAGAGGCUCUAUCUGAAGUAUAAUCAUUGAUAGAUUGUACUUCAGUGGAGACUAAAAUUACUCCAGGCUGAUUCACUUAAAUCACAUGUAACAUCUCUCUUCAACAAGACAAAAAUCUCAUUUUUCAACAGUGUGGAAAAAUCCAACUGUAUUUGGAAUGUAUAAGAUUGGCAGGUACUUAGCAAUGUGAAAACCAGAUCCACAGUACUUAAGAUUAUUUCCAGUAUAGGUUGAAAAUGCUUCCCCCCCUUCCCCCCUCCCACUAGUUAGGAACUGUCCUGACUGAAAACUCUAAUGGUCUUUGGUGAAGGCAAAACUGGUAUUCUAGCAGUAUAUCUAUAUACACUAUGUUUGUUGGUGUAUCAGUGAACCUGUAUGUUAUGUGGUAUCAAUUUAUUUUAAAGAAAGGUCAUCAUGUUGUCAGAUAUACAUUCUGCAUCAUGAAGGACUUCUACGUGUAGCAGUAAUAAGGAUGUGAGGAAAUCUGCUGCCUUGGGCUGGUCACAGAUUCACAGGCUGUAUUAAUAGAUAGGAUUAGUGAAUAAGAACAGGUCAGAAGGCUGCAAAGCUCUUGUCCCUUGAGAUUUCCUUCCUUAGAUUAUCAGGCUCAUUGAACAGCUUCCUAGAAUACAGGGAGUAGAAAUUGAAGGAAAGGCUGGAAACCACCUUAUUUUACUGGGCAUUUGGGACAUACUGGUGAAAAGGGCAAGUCCUGGAUUAUAAGCUUUGCUGAAAAUGUCUCUCCAGUUUUCUCCGCAGGCACCGUGGAGGAACAACAACAUCAGUUUUCUGAACAAAGAGACUCCUGUAACAGAACAAGGAGAGACUAUUAUAGGUUUCUACCUACUGGCUUUAGGUUGGCUGUCCUGGUUUGGAAACAGCAUUGUGAUUUUUGUCCUGUAUAAACAAAGAGCUCUUCUGCAGCCCACAGACUACCUCACAUUUAACUUGGCGGUAUCAGAUGCUAGUAUCUCUGUGUUUGGUUAUUCACGGGGGAUCAUUGAAAUCUUCAAUGUCUUUAGAGAUGAUGGAUUCAUUAUCACAUCAAUAUGGACUUGCCAGGUUGACGGAUUCCUGACACUUCUCUUUGGCCUGGCUAGCAUUAAUACCCUUACAGUAAUCAGCGUGACUCGCUACAUAAAAGGCUGCCAUCCUGAGAGAGGUCAUUGCAUCAGCAACAGCAGUAUGACAGUGGCUCUGAUUCUCAUUUGGAUAGCAGCUUUCUUCUGGUCAGCAGCUCCAUUGCUUGGCUGGGGCAGUUAUACAGAUCGCAUGUAUGGAACGUGUGAGAUAGACUGGGCAAAAGCCAACUUCUCUACAAUCUACAAAUCCUACAUUGUCUCCAUUUUUAUCUUCUGCUUUUUCCUACCUGUAAUUGUCAUGAUUUUCUCAUAUGUUUCAAUAAUCAAUACUGUCAAAUUAAGCCAUGUGCUAACAGGCCUGGGUGAUCCAACAGAUAGACAGAGGAGAAUGGAGCGAGAUGUCACAAGGGUUUCUAUUGUCAUUUGCACAGCCUUCAUUAUUGCAUGGUCACCGUAUGCCGUCAUCUCUAUAUGGUCAGCCUGUGGUCACUCUGUGCCCAAUCUUACCAGCAUCCUUGCCAGCUUAUUUGCUAAAUCUGCCAGCUUCUACAAUCCCAUUAUCUACUUUGGAAUGAGUUCCAAAUUUCGGAGGGACAUCUUCAUCCUGUUCCAUUGUGCCAAAGAAGUCAAGGACCCUGUGAAGCUCAAACGUUUCAAAAACCUCAAGCAAAAACAAGAGCCUUCUCAGAAAGAAGAGAAGUAUGCAGAAGAAAUGCAUGCUGCGUCAAGCCCUGAUUCUGGGGUUGGAAGUCCAACCAACACCCCACCUCCAGUAAACAGGGAAGUGUAUUUUGGUAUCCUUGAUACACCAUCCAAUAACCCUGAUAUUGAAUGCGAUAGACUGUAAGUUCUGUGGCCACUUAACACAUGCACCCACUCUGUGUGCGGCAAGACCCUUCAAAUCACUGCUUGAAUGAUUUCCUAAUCUCCAAUCCACUAGUUUCUUGCUGUAGCAAUGAUGACCAUGCAACUCAAGCAAAUCAGAUGAUAAAGUGAUACUUUCCUUCAAUAUAGGGUACAAAAUGCUAUGAAGCACAUUACAAUGAUGGGCAGCACACCCAGAGCCAGAAACAUUUCAUUUUCACAUGCAAGACUAUAGGAAGAAAAGGAAAACUUAUUUGCAAAGAAAAGACAUUAACUAGCAAAAAUACCUAAUACAUUCCUAUCCAAAUAUUAUUAAUUAGGAAGUUACAUUUCCAAAUAUGUUUCUAAGUCUUGAACCAUCCCUGCUAUAGACGAUCUUUUUAGCUCCACAGUGCUGCACUGCCCCUGGCCGUAGGAGAACGUGCCCUGUUGAGCUUGCUGUGGAGCCGCUGCACUGCUGGUCGCUAGAGGGUAGGCAAAGCCAUGUGGUCCCUGCAGGGCACUGAAGCCUGCCUGCCGUGGUGCUCCCAGACUCUGCGUGUGUGCACGCGUGUGUCUGAUCGUCUGUGCCUGACCGUGUGUGUGCUUCUGUGCCUGACUCUGUGUGUCUCUAUGCAAGUGCUAGGAGUUGCAGAUACUGGUAUUUUCUAGUCACUGUAAUCUGAAAGGUAACUUCACACUUUUCUUUAUUGGUUUGUGGAAUUAUUUCCCUCUUCCUUGAUCUCUCUAGUGAGUUGGGCCCAGCUAUAACAUUCAGAUUCAGGAAGCUGGCUUUAAUUUCACUCAUCUGUCUCCAAAUUGAUUGUUUUCUGACUCUUGAAGUGGAAAAAGAGAUAUUGUACAGGUAAUGAAACAGAUAACAACACUAAGUUUGCAAGAAUAUUGAUGAAGUGUGACAUCAGAGCUAUUUACAAAAUAUAAUCUAAGACAUAACUGCUACUUCUAAAAAACAUCUUCAUACCUGCCUAUGGGUAAAAAAAUGACUUUCUGAUAAAUAUAACUACUUAGCAGUUAAGAACAAUGAUUUAAAAACUAAGCUGUAGAGUUCAUAACAAUAGCAAGACUCUCAGGGGUUACUAGCAAUACCCCACUACUCUGUCAAGUUUGCUUUACACAAUGAAAGCACAGCAGUAUAAGUUCCUAAUUCCCCAUCUUACUAAUUACUGCAUACUCAGAGACUUCCAUAAAAAUAUCUCUGUAUUAUCCCUGGAAAUGUUGUGGGUUCGUUUAAUGCCACUUGUGUGUUAAACAAGGGGGGGGGGGGGGAUUAGUUGCAGACCUCAUUGCUGUUUGUGACGGGAAUUUCUCACUGUCCAGGUGUACUAAAAUGCAGCUGUUUUGCAAAAGCAUGUUUUAAAAUAUGUGUUUCUUGGGAAAGUUACACAAAGAGCCCACCUUGAUUUCCUCCAUUGCUAUAUUUGUGUUAAGAAAUUCAACUGUGUUUUGAAUUUAAAAACAAAUAAACAUUAUAAGCAAUAGUGGAGAA